GGUUAAUUCAGGCUGCUCUCUGCAGAGCAGAGCAGCGAUCAUCAGUCAGCUGACAAAGAAACAACCUCUGCUGCGGUUUUGUUGAUUUAUUCUUACUCAUCUCACAAACACUGUCACAAUGAAGAUCGCAGCCUUCAAUGUCAAACAGCUGGGAUGGAAAAAAGUCAACAACCCAUUUGUGAGGGAAAAUCUUAUCAAGAUUGUGUCCCGGUACAGUGUGGUGGUGAUGUUGGAGGUGAUAGAUGCAACUGGUAAGGCCAUGGACAAGUUCCUCGGAGCCCUCAACGACCACGAAGAUAACGUGCAACAUCCGUACGAAAUGAAGUGCAGCGAACCUCUGGGACGAGGCUCCUACAGGGAGAAGUUUGUUUUCUUCUACAGAAAGGAUCAGGUGAAAAUGAUCAACUCUUACCAGUAUGAAGAAGAAGAAGAAGAAGAAGAAGAGGAUGAAGAUUAUGAACAUGGCGAAGAAUAUGAGGAUGAAGAAGAAGAUGAUGAAUAUGAGAAUAAAGAAGAUGACGAUGGUGAAUAUGAGGAUGAAGAAGAUGACGAUGAAUAUGAGGAUGAAGAAAAUGACGAUGGUGAAUAUGAGGAUGAAGAAAAUGACGAUGGUGAAUAUGAGGAUGAAGAAGAUGACGAUGAUGAAGAAGAAGAGGAAGAAGAAGAUUAUGAAGAAGAUGACAAUUAUGAAGAUGAUACAGAAGAUGAAGCUGUGGACGUGCUCGCAAGAGAGCCUUUCAUUCUGCAGUUCAAGAGUCCUACAACAGUCGUCAAGAGGCUGGCACUGAUCCCUGUCCACACCAAACCAGAGGAUGCAGAGAGAGAGCUGGACGCUGUGGACGAUGUGGUUAAAGCAGUGAGGAAAAGAUGGAGGACUACUAACAUUAUGAUUUUGGGGGAUUUUAAUGCAGAUGGACAUUAUCUCUCCGAGGAAAGGCUGAGUAGGAGCCGCAUCUGCUCUCCUCCUUAUCAUUGGCUGAUAGGCGAUGAUGCUGACACGACGACUAGUAACAGAAAUGACCACACCUACGACAGGAUCGUGGUGUUCGGACAGACCAUGCUGAAAGCCGUCGUCCCCGGGUCAGCCAAGCCCUUCAACUUCCAGAGAGCGUUCAGACUGACUGAUGAAGAAGCGCAAAGCAUCAGUGACCACUACCCUGUGGAGGUGGAGCUGAAGCCCCAUAUAAACGCCACCAGAACAACCUCAGGAACCAGAGGGGGCUCUACCCGAAGCCGAGCUCACGAAGAAACAACUUCCCUAUUCAGUCUCACUCCCAGGAUCUCUCCUGCGUUCCUGCCUUCGACCCAACACAUCUAUCAUCACCCUCGCCUGCAACCACCAGCCUUCAUCCCUCGACCCUCCCAUCGCUUCACCCCUUAUCACUUCACCCCUCGUCGCUUCUUGCCUCUCCCUUCACCCCUUGAUCCUUUAUCUGACCUCUCUAUCCUUUUCUCCAGGUAGCCCUUGACCCUCAUCCCUAUAUCCUUCAACCGUUCAUCCCUUCAUCCCUUCGGCCCUCGACCCUCAUCCCUCGAUCCUCAUCCCUUCACCCUUUCCAUCAUACACAAUAAACUAUACGAAAUCUUUA